CUACUUUUAAUUUACCAGGCCUCUCCCGUCUACUAUGCUGGAAUUCCCGGCAUGCAUGGCAAACCUGGUUCCCCUGGGAUACCAGGCCGCGACGGACGAGAUGGCCGUGAAGGAGCCAAGGGUGACCAAGGUAUCCCAGGGAAGACUGGACCCCAGGGGCCUCCGGGACCUAGCGGAAACCCUGGUGUUAACGGAAAUGAUGGCGCUAAAGGAGAACGCGGAAGCCAAGGACCCCCAGGACAAAAGGGGGAACGUGGGGAGAGUGGAUUAAGUGGAACCCCUGGGAAUCCAGGUCUGAUGGCUUUUAAGAACUGGAAGGAAUGCGUUUGGAAAAACAUCAAUGAUGACAAAGAUCACGGGCUGAUCAAGGUAAAAACAUUUUUCUUUCCCUCUUCGUUAUAUCAAGGUCAGCGUUAAAGAGAAGUUCUUUUAUUUGUUUUCGUAAAGAAGCAAUUAUAACAACCACAACCUACUACUACUACUACUACUACUACUACUACUACUACUACUACUACUACUACUACUACUACUACUACUACUACUACUACUACUACUACUACUACUACUACUACUACUACUACUACUACUACUACUAAAAAAUGAAAUGAUAAUGAAACAAUAGCAUUACAAAUCAAAGAAAAACUAAGGGACAAAAGAUAAAAGAUAUAGAAGAAGCUUAAGGGCGUGAAUAGAUCAUGACCAGUUUUCAUUGCUACAUUUUUACUAGCAUAUCUGUUUCUCUUUUUUGUAUAGGAAUGUGUUUUCAUCAAAAACUUUUCUGACACUUCUCUUCAUGUGUACUGGACGGGUACACUUAGAGUUUAUACUAAUGGUGGCUGUAACCGCUGGUACUUUACUUUCAACGGUGCAGAAUGUUCCGCUCCCCUACCCAUUGAUGGUGUUGUGUACGUGGUCAGCAAAUCUCAAGACCCUCAUCGCGUCCGCCACAUUGAAGGCUACUGUAAUAAAAUUCACAAAGGAAAGGUGCGCGUGGGAUUCUGGGUUGGUAAAUGCCAAGGGUACAAUGGAAACUAUGACGCCUACACUGGAUGGAGAUCUGUGUCCCGCAUAUUCGUAGAGGAGGUUCCCAAAGCUCAAGCUUAGAACUUCAAGCGGGGCAGCCACUCCUGCAUAUUAACCAAACAGGGACAGUAAAUAAUAGGGCUUCUAUUUGUGGGAUACUACAGUUAAUUGCUUUGUAGCUGUGUAAAGUCUGCUCAUAAUAAACAAGUUGCAGGAGGCAGUCAAAGAAAAUGUUUGAUUGUUAUUACAGCUCAGAUUUGAAGCAAAUGUACGAAAUUUCAGCAAAAAAAAACAAAAAAGAACAAAAAAAACACGCGGGCUUUACUGAAUCCUAGCUAAGAAAAUAAAAGGUCUGAAGAAGGUUAUAUUGUUUGGUAGUUUUUGCAGUUUUUUUCUCUGUUCUAACCAUGAUCAAGCUGUCUCCUUCUUAAAUCUCAUUUUCGUCAUUUAAAUUUCCGCACAAAGACUGGUGGGGCAUUAAAAGCAAGGAUGCAGCUUCUCCCUCUGUUCCUGCCCUCACGCUCCACCUGUUUGCACUAAGUCAUUCGAUAUGCUUCGUUCCGAACGACCUUUCGAAUUGCCGUAGGGGGAAGUUCAGGGUUUUGAACUCUCGGCGGCACUCAGACCCCCUAUGCCAAGACGUGGGUCAAUUCUACCUUACCCCUCGGAUUACGCGCUUUUGGGAAAGCGCGACAGAGCUUACCGUAAAGUGUAAAGGUGUAAACACAGGCUUGUUCAAAAUGGCCGUACAAACAAUCCCCAUUCUUUUUCCUUCCUGUUCUUCGGAUUCCAUACAUUUAAGCGUGGAUUUUAUAAGUUAUAAAUUGUCCAAAAUCUUUCAGACACUCACAGUGUAAUAGGUUUUCAAUGUUGGAAAUAUUGUGGGAAAAGUGAGAAAAGCAUAAUUCAUUUUAAGCAAAACCGAAUGGAUUAAAAACAUUAUUCUAACGUCACUGUGCCAUGUCAGAAAAACCAUCAAAUUAAAUAAACUCAAACAGAAAGGCUGUACAUAUUAUUAGCGGCUAAUUAUCACACGAUGGUUUGACAAACUCUUCCCAGAAUCUUCUCGUUUUACUGGGCGACACAAUAGUACGGAUGUUUAGUCCUACCGGUCACCGCCAUAUUUGAAAACGGGGGCAAAGUGGGUGAUCGCCAACUCCACAUCUUUUCAAGUAUAAUGCACCUUGUUUGUUCCCCAAAUUUUGCAUAAGCGUUGUUUCCAGUUUCUCCUGGGAAAGCUGUAAUACCCAGAAGACAUUAAAAACAAAGGUUAUGCAAUAUUUUUGUUUGGGGGGGUUGGGUGGGCCGGGGGUGGGGUGGAUGGAGUCAAACAUGUUGUAUUAUGGGAGAAAUGCAAAUAGAGAAUUCUUUUCAUCUCAACACAGCACAGCCAAGUCGAAAUUAUCGACAGGGUAACGCAUUUUAGAUCAAGAGCUUUGUUUGAGAAUUCAAAAUGAAGGAGAAUAUUCCUCAAGGUCAUAUUUAUGCGAAAGCGUCAUUUGUGUUGGGGAGUUUCAGAGCGAUUUUAUCGUGUCAUUCUGCCUACUUUUGUCCUCUUUCCAGACGAUGCAGAAUUUCAUGUUUUCCCGUCUACAAGUUGGUACGUUUUUAUGUAAAUAGUAACAAAAAGCCUAAUACGUCGAUGUCCUUUAUAGUGGCCUUUUCAAGUAUUUUUCAUGACAAUUUUAAUUUGUUGUUUUUAUUUUCGGUAUGGAAAGCUGUGGAUAUACUUUUUAGAACCGUCUAGUGAAAGGUUUACAAAAGACGAAACAAUACAGAUGUAUACAAACGAGUUCGGUUUUAGAUAUAACGUGAUAUGUAAACAAUUUACAUAAAUACAAAUUUCGUCGUCAGCUCUUUCUAUUUAGAAUUGCCGUGGAAAUUUCGCUUUACAAACGAAAAUUCAUUAUUAAGAAAAGGAAGAAUUAUAUAUAUGAAGAAACAUGUGUGUUUCUCUAUCGCCUUUGGUUACCGUUGACUCAAUUUUUACUGCCAUUGCACUGUAUCGAGAUGUGUGAUUCUUAUAUAUUAUGUACAAAAAUUUGGCAAUCAAAUUAACAAAUUGACUGCGAUAUAUGUCUAACUAAACCGAUAUACAGAGAAAAUAUUUGGGAAGCUUUGCCCCCAGUUGCCGGCCCUGUACUACAGUAGUCUACAUAUGGCAAAUGAUUUACAGGCGAAUUUUGUUUAUUUCUUCACGUCAUAAAAAGCUCCAAAAAUUUGCAUCUCUUACAGAAAAACAAUAAGUUAUCGUUUGUCAUUUAAUUUAACUGCACAAUCAAAUGUGGUAAAUAUUGAGAUUUGAUUUUACAACACCAAAAUAUUGGGAUAAAUGGAAUUUAAUACCGUUUAAUACGCCCAGAGUUACUUUGUAAAACUAUUUAGCAGAUUAUUAUUACUCAUUACACAGUCAAGUAGAAGUACACAGCUUUUAGCGAUAAAUCAAUUCCAAUACAUAAAAACAUCGUCCUGGUUGAUUUCAACAAGAAAGUCGAUUUUUUGUUUUCUAUUUCGAUCAUGUAUUUCUGACUGUCUCCAAUCAAGCAAAGAAGAAAACUCGCCAUGGAGGGUGAAACAGAUACUAGCAAAUGGUGCAAAAAUAGCGAGAGGUAAAGAAGAGAAGACAAUAGAAUUAGUGCAUAAUAGUGCGCAGUAUUCUACUACCUAUUUCACGGUUCAGGUUAAAUCAUUCUAUGGUUAAAAUCUGUUAAUGCAACGCGAACACAUGUGAUAAACCUGAUCACUUUUAUGUGUCGUUUAUACUUGUAAACAUAAAUUGCUGUGAGAAUCCGAAGUUUAAACGAAGGCCAGUUGUCCUGCACAAGGAGCGCAACUGUAUUCCUGAACCACCGAUUUCUAUUUUUCGCGUCAAUUCGCGGAUUUGUCUGCCGAUUGGCGAUCCAAGCACAUACUACUACUUCCCUUGACGUAGCAGUGUAGGCCAAGCGAGAGAAUACAAGAUUGCCCUCGGUAGAGAUACUGAGGGCUGACUGCAUUCUACACCACAAUUAGCAAAGGGGUCAGCCUUGCCAAAAUGUCGCAAUUUCUUUAUACCAAAUCUUACAUUCUGUUUAAAAGAUAAUUUUAUGAUUUUGAAAUGUAACUAACUAAGAGAAUAAUCGGAUAAUUCAUAAUAACGAUCAAGUACUAAGGGUCAACAACAAAGCACUUGAAGGAACUUCCUUUUCAGCGCCCUAGUCAACAAUAAACUUGUUCAAACACGAAUCAAACAAAGCCAACAAAAGAUGGGCAAUGAUGAAAAGGAGUUCAUUCACUGUGGUUUGUUCAUUCAAGGGGUUCUUGGGCGAAAAAGAAGACUUUCUACUCCUCUGCUGGUAUGUCUUACAGUCUCUUUCUUUAGUGUUUUGUCGUGCAAAACCAAAGCAGAAGUAGAAGUGGCCUGAAGUUCAGUCGCCCUCUCCAAGUUUACUCGAUUCAGCCUAAAUUUAAAAUAGAAACUGCUAUUCCCCAUACGAGCGCGCAGCCCCCUCAUUUGUCAGUUUUCUAACAGCUCUGUUCACGAGUACCUUAAAUUUGAAAUCGCAGAAUACAAAAAAGUCCGUUACGGCACUGAAAUAGUCUUUCGUCGCACAUUAGUUCAAAAACAUUUCUUUACAAGAAACUGGCAGAAGCCGCCUGUUGCGGAUGCGGGCACUCGCCAUUUCGUGAACUGUUUUCUAAUGGCUAAAUCCUCCAGUCUCUGAAGUUUGAAAGCCCCGCAAUAAAAAUUCAUUUGCGUCGUGGAAAAUAAUUGAUGUCCCAUUUUUCUGGGAGCAGGAAAUGGAACUGGAACAAUGUCGUUUUGCGGGACGUUUUUCGUGAUGAAUAUGCUGGUGAUUACUGAAUUAUGAUAUGUGUACAUGUGUACCUAUUUUUGUCAAAGGAGGAGAGAGAGACUUUGAAAAAGAUAUAUAUUUGAUUACAUCUUCUUGUUCUUCAAAUUUAGAAGAUUUAAGCAAAACAAAAAUGGCACGAACUAAGUUUUUGGUAGAAAAGCAGUGCCAAAUAACAACGGCCCCAAUAAUCUUUCUUCCAUAAACGAAUUCUAGCGCGUAUAGAAUACGGGUUACGAUGGUUUCUGAAGUCUUUUUUAUUGUUCAAAUAGGAAAAGACUUAACAGAAGAAAAAAAUAAAAAAUCUUUACAGAAGAGAAACUUCUCAGUAAAAUUCUUUGCAAUAGCUUUCAUCAGUGGCUUAACAUUCAUCCAAAGAAACACGUUUGGUAUGAAUAUCUACCAAAGAAAGUCCGCCUGUUUUUCAAAAGCAGGGCGAGAAUCACGUUGUGUUUUAUCAUUGGCAUUACUUAAAUUCGCGGGCCUUCAUAUAUCUUUCAUUUGUUCAAGCAAGAGGCCAUUUUCUCCCAUUGUUAUAUGACAACGGCAACAACAACUUUAUUUCAGUAUUCCCACAUGAGUACUUGGUAUUACCUACGUUAUUUAUGUUAUAAAUCUUAAAUCAAACAUUUAAGUCUUUAUUUAAAUCUGAUACAUAUGAAAAAUAUAAAUAUAAAUAUGAUACAUGUCAACUCUUUUGAGAUUUGUAUUAUAAUGUUUGCAAUCUUGUUCGCAGGAAAGCUCGAAAAAAUGGCAACUUACCCUUCUAAGGUGUCGCUUUGUUUGAUAGUGUUGUUUGCGAUAUUGUUCUUGGCUUGUGCUACGAGUGGCAACAAAGCCAAUCAGCCAUCAAACAACAUGGUAGGUGACACAGAAACUGCCUCUGAUAAGUCAGACAAAAUAUAUGUAAAUUUUUGAUGAUGUACAUGAAAACUUGGCGCAUUGAAUAAACAAUCUAAAUUCAAGUAUCACUGAUCAACAGUACUUCCUGUAUACGCAGCAAAUGAGACUUCUAAGACAAAAAGUGUACAUUUUAGCUGAAACGCCAAAUCGUAUAUUUACGGUGUUAUGUCGUUGAGGAAAAUUUUUAAUGUGCGGCUCUUACGUACAAAAAAGAGAAUUGUGACAGCUGCUCAAUUUAAAUAAUGAUAUCAUCAAAGCCGAUUGACAAAUUUGAAGUUUGUUUUUCCUCCAAUUUACCAGCCCCCUCCCGUCUACUGUGCUGGUAUUCCCGGCAUGCAUGGCAAACCUGGUUCCCCUGGGAUACCAGGCCGCGACGGACGAGAUGGCCGUGAAGGGGCCAAAGGUGACCAAGGUAUCCCAGGCAAGACUGAACCCCAGGGGCCUCCGGGACCUAGCGGAAACCCUGGUGUUAAUGGAAAUGAUGGCGCUAAAGGAGAACGCGGAACCGAAGGACCCCCAGGACAAAAGGGGGAACGCGGGGAGAGUGGAUUAAGUGGAACCCCUGGGAAUCCAGGUCUGAUGGCUUUUAAGAACUGGAAGGAAUGCGUUUGGAAAAACAUCAAUAGUGAAAACGAUCAAGGGCUGAUCAAGGUAAACACAUUUUUCGUUACCUGUUCAUUAGUAUAUCGAGGUCUAAUCAAGGUUAAAGGAAGUUUUUAAUUUGUUUUCGUAAAGAAGCAAUAAUAACAACCACUACCUAAUAAUAAUAAUAAUAAUAGUAAUAAUAAUGAUAAUAAUAAUAAUGAAACAAUAGCAUUAAAAAUCAAAGAAAAACUAAGGAACAAAAGAUAUAGAAGAAGCUUAAGGGCGUGAAGAGAUCAUAACCAGUUUUCAUUUCAAAUGCCUCUAAGCACACAAGACUGUUUAGUGGUACAUUUUUACUCGCAUAUCUGUUUCUCUCUUUUGUAUAGGAAUGUGUGUUCAGCAAAAACUUCUCCGACACAGCCCUUCAUGUAUACUGGACGGGUACUCUCAGAACCCGUGCAGUUGUUGGCUGUAAACGCUGGUACUUUACUUUCAACGGUGCAGAAUGUUCCGCUCCCCUACCCAUUGAUGGUGUUGUGUACGUCCGCAGCAGAACUGUUGACCCUCAUCGCGUCCGCCACAUUGAAGGCUACUGUAAUAACAUCCACAAAGGAAAGGUGCGCGUGGGGUUCUGGGUUGGUAAAUGCGAUGGGUACAGUCAUGGAAACUAUGACGCCUUCACUGGAUGGAGAUCUGUGUCCCGCAUAUUCGUAGAGGAGGUUCCCAAAGCUCAAGCUUAGACUUCCAGAAAAGAUAGACCUUCCUACUUAUUAAGUUAACAGGGACAGUAAACAAUAGCGCUUCCAUUUGUGGGAUACCACAGUUAAUUGCUUUGUAGCUGUGUAAAGUCUGCUCAUAAUAAACAAGUUGUAGGAGGCAGUCAGAGAAAAUGUUUGAGGGUUAUUACAGUUCAGAUGUAAAGCAAAUGCGUAAAAUGUAAAAACAAAUAAAUAAAGGCAGGUUUUACUGAAUCCCAUUUUCGACUGAGACAAGCUAAGCUAAGAAAAGGUCCGAAGAAGGUUUAGUGUUUGGUAGUUUUUGCAGAUUUUUUUCUCUGUUCUAAACAUGAUCAAGCUGUCUCCUACUUAAAUCUCAUUUUCGUCACUUAAAUUUCCGCGCAAAGACUGGUGGGGCAUUAAAAGCAAGGAUGCAGCUUCUCCCUCUCAUUUUCGUCAUUUAAAUUUCCGCGCAAAGACUGGUGGGGCAUUAAAAGCAAGAAUGCAGCUUCUCCCUCUGUUCCUGCCCUCAAGCUUCACCUGUUUGCACUGAGUCAUUCCAUAUGCUUCGUUCCGAACGACUUUUCGAAUUGCCGUGGGGGAGUUCAGGGUUUUGAACUCUCGACGGCACCCGGACCCCUAUGCCAAGAAGUGGAUCAAUUUCCCCCUUACCCCUCGGAUUAAGCGUGACAGAGUUUUCCGAAUCUUGUCCAAAAUGGCAGUACAUACAAUCUCCAUCCUUUUCCCUUCCUAUUAUUCGGAUUUCAAACAUGUAUGCUUGAAUUUUGUAAGUUAUAAAUUGUCCAAAAUCUUUGAGACAAUCACAAUUGUAAAAGUUUUUCAGUGUUAGAAGUAUUGUGGGAGAAUACCGAAAAAAAGUACGAUUCAUUUAAGCCAAACCGAAUGGAAUAAAAAAGUUAUUCUAACAUCAAUGUGCCAUGUCACAAAAACCGUGAAAAUAAAUAACCACAAGUAGAAAUUAAAAGGCUGUACACUGAUAACGAGAUUAUUAUUAGCGGCCAAUUAUAAUACGAUGAUUUCGCAACCUCUUUCCAGAGUCUUCUCGUUUCACAAUAUGGCGAAGGCAGGAAAAGAGAAUCAGUGCGGGUUUUCAGUGCUGCCGGCCGCCGCCAGACUGGAAAACCUUGGGGCAAAGUUGGGUGGUCGCCAAUUGCACAUCUCCCAUAGUGCACCUUGUUUGCGUAAGCAUUGUUUUCAUUUUCUCCAGAAGAAAUUGAAAACAAAGUUUAUGUGAUUGUUUUUUUUUUGCGGGGGUGGCGGGGAGGGGGAAGAGGGGAGCAAACAAGGUGUAUUAUGGGAGAUGUGCAAAUGGCAAAUUCUUUUCAUCUCAACAAAGGAACGCCAAGUCGAAAUUAUCGACAGCGUAACGCAUUUCAGAUCAAAGGUUUUGUUUGAGAAUAUUUACCAGUCAAAAUGAAGGAGAAUAGUCAUCAUAGUCAUAUUUAUCCCAAGCGUCACUCGUGUUGGGGAGUUUCAGAGCGAUGUUAUCGAGUCAUUCUGCCUACUUUUGUCCUCUUUACAGACGAUACAGAAUUUCACGUUUUCCCGUCUACAAGUUGGUAGGUUUUUAUGUAAAUAGUAGUAAAAAGCCGAUGUCCUUUAUAGUGGCCUUUUCAAAUAUUUUUCAUGACAAUUUUGUUGUUUUUAUUUUCAGUAUGGAAAGCUGUGGAUAUACUUUUUAGAACCGUCUAGUGAAAGUUUUACAAAAGACGAAACAAUACAGAUGUAUACAAACGAGUUUGGUUUUCGAUACAACGUGAUAUGUAAACAAUUUACAUAAAUACAAAUGUCGUCGUUAGCUCUUUCUAUUUAGAAAUGCCGUGGAAAUUUCGCUUUGCAAACAAAAAUUCAUUAUUAAGAAGAGGCGGAAUUAUAUAUAUGAAGAAACAUGUGUGUUUCUCUAUCGCCUUUGGUUGCUGUAGACUAAAUUUUUACUGCCAUUGCACUGUAUCGAAAUGUGUGAUUCGUAUAUAUUGUGUACUAAAAAAUUCGCAAUCAAAUUAACAAAUUAACUGCGAUACAUGUCUAACUAAACCGGCAUACAGAGAAAAUAUUAGGGAAGCUUGGCCCGUUGCCGACCCUGUACUACAGUAGUCUACAUAUGGCAAGUGAUUUACAAGCAAAUUUUUUUUAUUUCUUAACGUCAUAAAAAGCUCCAAACAUUUGCAUCUGUUACAGAAAAACAAUAAGUUAUCGUUUGUCAUUUAAUUUAACUGCACAAUCAAAGGUGGUAAAUAUUGAGAUCUGAUUUUACAACACCAAGAUAUUGGGAUAAAUGGAAUUCAAUACGCCCAGAUCAUUCUUCACUUUCAAUACGCCCAGAGUUAAGUUGUAAAACUAUUUAGCACAUAAUUAUUACUCAUUACACAGUCAAGUAGAAGUACACAGCUUUUAGCUAUAAAUCAAUUCCAAUACAUAAAAACAUCAUCCUGGUUGAUUGCGCAUCUCGGUGAUUUCAACUAGGAAGUCGAUUUUUUGUUUUCUAUUUCGAUCAUGCAUUCCUAACUGUCUCCAAGCAAAGAAGAAAACGCGGUUACGGAGGGUCUUAGAGUGAUUUUACUUGAACCAUGAAACAGAUACUAACAAAUGGUGCAAAAAUAGCGAGAGGUAAACAAAAGAAGACAAUAGAAUUAGUGCAUAACAGUGUAUACAUUCUGGUAAACAAAAAUUGCUAGAAAGAAUGUUUGCGCGUACCUAAGUUUAAACGAAGGCCAGUUGUCCUGCAAAAAGGAGCGCAACUGUAUUCCUGAACGACCAAUUACUUUUUUUCGCGUCAAUUCGCGGAUUUGUCUGCCGAUUGGCGAUCCAAGCACAUACUACUACUUCCCUUGACGUGCCUAUUGGAAACAGCCCAUCAGAUUCUCGAGCAGGGUGGGCCAGGAGAGAGAAUACAAGAGUGUCCUCAGUAGAAACAAUGAGAGCUGACUGCAUGUUACUCCACAAUUGCAAAGGGGUCAGCCUUGCCAAAAUGUCGCCAUUUCUUUAUGCCAAAUCUUACUUUCUGUUUAAAAAAUAAUCUUAUGAUUUUGAAAUGUAACUAACUAAGAGAAUAAUCGCAUAAUUUAUAAUAACGAUCAAGUCCUAAGGGUCAACAACAAAGCUCUUGAAGGAACUUCCUUUUCAGCGCCCCUAGUCAACAAUAAACUUGUUCAAACUCGAAUCAAACAAUGUCAACAAAAGAUGGAAAAUGAUGAAAAGGAGUUCAUUCACUGCGGUUUGUUCAUUCAAGGAGUUCUUGGACGAAAAAGAAGACUUUCUACUCCUCUGCAGGUAUGUCUUACAGUCUCUUUCGUUAGUGUUUUGUCGUGCAAAACCAAAGCAGAAGUCGAAGUGGCCUGAAGUUCAGUCGCCCUCUCCACGUUUACUCGAUUCAGCCUAAAUUUAAAAAAGAAACUGCUAUUCUCCAUGCGAGCGCGCAGCCCUCUCAUUUGUCAGUUUUCUAACAACUCCGUUCACGAAUCUCCUAAAUUUGAAAUCGCAGAAUACAAAACAGUUAGUUACGGCUCUGAAAAUAGCAGUCUUGGUUGCACAUUAGUUCAAACACAUUUCUUUACAAGAAACUGACAGAAGCCGCCUGUUGCGGAUGCGGGCACUCGCCAUUUCGCGAACUGUUUUCUAAUGGCUAAAUCCGCCAGUCUCUGGAGUUUGAAAGCCCCGGAACAAAAAGUCAUUUGCGCUGUGGAAAGUAAUUGAUUUCCCAUUGUUCUGGGAGCAGGAAAUGGAACUGGAACUCUGUCGUUUUGCGAGGCGUUUAUCGUGGAUGUAUAUACUCUGUCUGGUGAUUACUGAAUUAUGAUAUGUGUGCCCAUUUUUGUAAAUGGAAGGGAGAGAGAUACUUUGGAGCAGAUGAUAUUUUGAUAACAUCUUCUUGUUCUUCAAAUUAAGAAGAUUUAAGCAAAACAAGAAUGGCACGAACUAAGUUUUAGCAGAAAAGCAAUGCCAAAUAACAAUGGCCACAAUCUUGGAAUCAUUCUUCCGUAAACGAAUUGUAGCGCGUUUAGAAUUCAUGGUUACGUUGGUUUCUGGAGUCUUUGUUUUGUUGAAUUAGGAAAAGACUAAACAGAAAAAAAAAAUCAAAAAUCUUUAGAGAAGAUAAACUUCUCAGUAAAAUUCUAUGCAAUAGCUUUCAUCACUAGUUUUAAAUUAAUCCAAAGAAAACACGUUUGGUAUAAAUAUUUACUAACGAAAGUCCGCAUGUUCUUCAAAAAACAGGGCGAGAAUCAGUUGCCUUUUUAUUUUUGGCGUAACUUAAAUUCGCGGGCCGUCAGGUAUCUUUUAUUUACUCAAGCAAGAGGACUUUUUCUCCCCUUGUUGUAUUUUACAUAUCAACUCUUUUGAGUUUCGUAUUAUAAUGUUUUCAAUCUUGUUCGCAGGAAAGCACGAAAAAAUGGCAACUUACCCGUUUAAGAUGUCGCUUUGUCUGAUAGCGUUGUUUGCCAUAUUAUUCUUGGUUUGUGCAACAAGUGGCAACAAAACCAAUCAACCAUCAAACAACAUGGUAGGUGACACAGAAACUGCCUGUGAUAAGUCAGACAAAAUAUAUGUAAAUUUCUGACGAUGUACAUGAAAACUUGGCGCAUUGAAUAAACAAUCUUAAUUCAAAUAUCAUUGUUCAACAGUUCUUCCUGUAAACAUUAUUACGCAGCAAAUGAGACUUCUAAGCCAAAAAGUAUACAAUUUUACUAAAACGCAAAAUCGUAUUAUUUACAGUGUUAUAUCGUUGAGGAAAAUCUAUAAUGUGCGGUUCUUACGUGCAAAAAAGGGAAUUGUAACAGCUGCUCAAUUUAGCUAAUGAUAUCAUCAAAGCCGAUUGACAAACUUGUAGUUUAUUUUUCCUCCAAUUUACCAGGCCCCUCCCGUCUACUAUGCUGGUAUUCCCGGCAUGCAUGGCAAACCUGGUUCUCCUGGGAUACCAGGCCGCGACGGACGAGAUGGCCGUGAGGGAGCCAAAGGUGACCAAGGUAUCCCAGGCAAGACUGGACCCCAGGGGCCUCCGGGACCUAGCGGAAAAACGGGUGCCAAUGGAAAUGACGGUGCUAAAGGAGAACGCGGAGCCCAAGGACCCCCAGGACAAAAGGGGGAACGAGGGGAGAGUGGAUUAAGUGGAACCCCUGGGAAUCCAGGUCUGAUGGCUUUUAAGAACUGGAAGGAAUGCGUUUGGAAAAACAUCAAUGAUGGCAAAGAUAAUGGUUUGAUCAAGGUAAAAACAUUUUUUUUACCCGUUCAUUACAUCAAGGUCUAAUCAGGGUUAAAGAGAAGUUUUUUCAGUAUUUGUUUUCAUAAAGGAGGAAAAAUAAUAGCCAUUGCCUAAUAAUAAUGAUAAUAUAAAUAAUAACACUAAUAAUAAUAAUACUAUAGUAAGUGUUUAUUGACGAUAUAUCCAUUACUAGAAAUAUGGCUCAUCACAUGUUAGUAACUAACUCACUAUCACUUUUAUACUUACUUAAAAAAUCAAUUGGGUGUAGUUUAUCAUUACUCUAAAACAAUGAAAAAUGAUAUGAUAAUGAAACUUAGCAUUAAAAAUCAAAGAAAAACUAAGGGACAAAAGAUAUAGAAAAAGCUUAAGGGCGUGAAGAGAUCAUGACCAGUUUUCAUUUCCCUUGCCUCUAAGCACAGAAGACUGUUUUAGUCGUACAUUUUUACUGGUAUAUCUGUUUCUCUUUUUUGUAUAGGAAUGUGUGUUCAGCAAGAAUUUCUCUGACACUGCUCUUCAUGUGUACUGGACUGGUUCUCUUCAAGUCUAUGCAAAUUCUGGCUGUAGACGCUGGUACUUUACUUUCAACGGUGCAGAAUGUUCCGCUCCCCUACCCAUUGAUGGUAUUGUGUACGUGGUCAUCAAAUCUCAAAACCCUCAUCGCGUCCGCCACAUUGAAGGCUACUGUAAUAACAUUCACAAAGGAAAGGUGCGCGUGGGAUUCUGGGUUGGUAAAUGCCAAGGGUUCAAUGGAAACUAUGACGCCUACACUGGAUAUCUUUCUGUGUCCCGCAUCUUCGUAGAGGAGGUUCCCAAAGCUCAAGCUUAG